AUGCAACUAGGUGAGAUCGAGUUUGUUUGCUUCGUCGCUCUACAGAACUUGGUAGUUUGCUUCGUCGAUCUCGUCAACGCAAGACUGGCCUCGUCACUCUGUCACCUUGUCGGCUUCGUCGCGUUGUUGCGCUAUCAGUUUUGGCUGAGUCAGAAACUUUGUUGCCACGGUGAAGAUCGUGUGAGGUCAACUCAGUGUUGUGGUAAAGCUACGGGAUCCGUCAUGAUAACGUUGCGCUGGUGCUACGACAACGAGGUAAAGCUGCGCGAGGCAAAAUUCGACCACGGAGAGCGGUCAACGCGAGGUGGAUCUGUCAAGGUGGAGCUUGCCAACGAGGUCAUUUUGCGAAAGAUACUGCAUUGCAAGGCGGACCUCGAGAGAGAUGAUCGAGGUGACGACGUAGAUCCGAGAUGUUGCGAAUCCUUCUCCAGCAAAGUGAAUCGACCCAAGUCUCUGCGGACUCAUCCAGAUGAUGAAAACUGUUUCGUUAUCGAAUCUGAGGAAGGUAACACUGAUCCGCAUCAGCGUGAAUCUUCUUGUUUCAGCGAGGUCGUCAAAGUGGAGAAUGCGAGGUCACGCGACUUAGAUGAUUCAAGAGAUGAUGUUCGUCGAGUGCUUCGUUCAAGAGUUGUUGCGGCCAACGAUUUGUUUGUUGGGUUUUCUGAUGAUCAUCCCGGUUUACAAACAAAUCUGCGUCGAUACAUACCCGCUCUGAGAAUGAACACCGUAAUGAUCAAUGAUUGA